AUGGCGGGUUCAGGGCUCUUCUCCCCCGCUCCUUACCACAUCCUUAGCUAUGGUACUCUCUUGGGGACUACGUUUUUCCAUACAUUCGUGGGCGGCAUCGUCUCGUUCCAGGUCCUGACACGCCCGCAAUUCGCGGCGCUCAUGGCCAAAAUAUUUCCCAUCUACUUCUCCAUGCAGACGGCGCUGCCCGCCGUGCUGGCCCUCACGUAUCCGGCGGCCGGGACGGUGCUCGGCGGCGCGAGUCCGAGCGGCGGCAUCGCUGGCGUCUUGGACCCUGUCAACAGGUGGGGUGUGCUUGUGCCUAUUGCGGCCGUGUUCUUGACCGGCCUGGCGAACCUCGCCGUCGUCGGGCCGGCCACGACGCGGUGCAUGGAUGAGAGGAGGCUGCUGCAGAAAAAAGAUGGCAAGAAGAGCUACGACGCUCCGCCGCACUCCAAGCAGAUGGAAGCUCUGAACAAGAAGUUCUCCGUCCUUCACGGCGCUUCAUCGCUGCUGAACUUGGUCGGCUUUAUUGCCUCGGUUGUCUACGGCUUUACGCUGUCAUCCCGGCUUGAUUAG